CUACUUUAACCUUCUCCAACUCAUAGGCUUUCCUUCCCUGAGCUUCUUAUUCCAAUUUAACACUGCCAUUUUAGCCAUGUACACUCUUGGCUUCCUCUCUCUUGGCUCUGUCUCUCUUGGUCCUCCUUGCCCCUUGUCUCUUCUUCUUCUCCCAUGAUCUCCUUGUUACUCUAUCUUUUCCUUUUGCAUUCUCUCUCUCUCUCUCUCUCUCUCUCUCUCUCUCUCUCUCUCUCUCUCUCUCUCUCCUCCUCCUCCUCCUCCUCCUCCUCCUUUUUCUUCUUCUUCCGCUUCUUCAUCUUCUUCUUCUUCCUUACUUGUUCUCUCCACCCCCAAAUCUCUCUCAUGAUCUAGUUUGGUCUACUGCUUUCUCUCUCUGCUCUGUAAUCUUCCAGAUGCCCAUCAUAUCUCAACAAAACCUUCCUCUAAAUAAUUUCUUGUAGUAGUCAUGUUCUCACUUUGUAAAUGUGAUGUCAAUCCCACUCCCUGGGACAUAAAUUAACCCUUUUCAAUGGGCCCAACCUCUUAAUCAAACCAAGCUGCUAAUACGACAUGUAAGGCAAGAAACCAUAAUGGACAUGACCCUACAGAUCCACAUGCCUGGGCCCGUGUGCCUCAUUGAGAAUGUGAAAGGACAAUUGAGAGCCAAUCAGAAGGCCCUGGAGAUCCUGUCAGCCAUUACACAGCCUGUGGUGGUGGUGGCAAUAGUGGGCCUCUACCGUACAGGCAAAUCCUACCUGAUGAACAAGCUGGCUGGAAAGAAAACUGGAUUCUCUCUGGGAUCCACUGUGCAGGCUCAUACAAAAGGAAUCUGGAUGUGGUGUGUGCCUCACCCCAACAAGGCAAACCACAUGCUUGUUCUGCUUGACACUGAGGGCCUGGGUGAUGUGGAGAAAGGUGACAACCAGAAUGACUGCUGGAUCUUUUCCCUGGCUAUUCUUCUAAGCAGCACCUUUGUGUACAACAGCAUGGGAGCCAUCAACCAGCAGGCCAUGGACCAGCUGCACUAUGUGACAGAGCUCACAGAUCGGAUCCGAGCAAGAUCCUCACCUGACCAGGAUGAUGGGGUAGAAGACUCAGCUGAGUUUGUCAGCUUCUUCCCCGACUUUGUGUGGACUCUGAGGGAUAUGACCUUGAAAAUGGAAGUGGAUGGACUCCAGGUCACAGCAGAUGAGUACCUGGAGAUUUCUCUGAAGCUCAAGGAAGGUUCCAGCAAGGAAGUUGAAAAAUACAACCUACCCCGACUCUGUAUUCGUAAGUUUUUCCCAAAGAAGAAAUGUUUUGUCUUCUACCCACCCACUGAGUGGAAAAGGCUUUCUCAGCUGGAGACACUGCAAGAAAAUGAGAUCGAUUCUGAGUUUUUGCAGCAAGUAGCAGAAUUCUGUUUAUAUGUCUUUAAGGAGUGCAAAGCCAAAACCCUUCCAGGAGGCAUCAUUGUCAAUGGCCCACGACUAGAAACCCUGGUGCUGACCUAUCUGAGUGCCAUCAGCAGCGGAGAUCUCCCCUGCAUGGAGAACGCGGUCCUGACUUUGGCCCAGAUAGAGAACUCAGCAGCAGUGGAAAAGGCCAUCACCCACUAUGACCAACAGAUGAGCCAGAGGGUACAGCUGCCCACAGAGACCCUCCAGGAGCUGCUGGACCUGCACAGGACCUGUGAGAGAGAGGCCAUAGAAAUCUUCCUCAGGGUCUCCUUUAAAGAUGAAGAUCAUUCAUUUCAAAUGAAAUUAGGGUCUCGGCUAGAAGAAAGGUGGAACGACUUCUGUAAACGCAAUAUGGAAGUGUCAUCUAACCGUUGCUGGGCUUUGCUUCAAGAUAUCUUCAGACCUCUUGAAGAAAGUGUGAAGCAAGGCACUUAUUCUAAGCCAGGAGGUUAUUACCUCUUUGUUCAGGAAACACAGAGGCUGAAGGAAAAGUACCAAGGACAACCAAAGAAGGGCUUACAGGCUGAUGAGGUUCUGCAGAAAUAUUUACAAUCCAAGGAGGCUAUUACUACUGCAAUUUUACAGACAGAUCAGAGUCUGACAGAAAAGGAAAAGGAGAUUGAAGUGGAACGGAAGAAAGCUGAAUCUGCACAGGCUGCUGCAAAGCUGUUGGAGGAAACACAGAAGAAAAAUGAGAAGCUGAUGGAGCAGAAAGAAAGAAGUUAUCAGGAGCACAUGAAACAGUUGACUGAGAAAAUGGAGAAUGACAGAAUCCAAUUAAAAGCAGAGCAAGAGCGGAUAUUAUCUCUAAAACUUCAGGAGCAGAAGCAGCUACUUCAGGAGGGGUUCCGAGAAGAAAGCAGAAAGCUUCAAGAAGAGAUGAAGAAUGUGGAGAAGAGAUACAAAGAAACAAUGGAUCAUAUGAAAGCUGAAUCUUCAAAGACUAAAGAAGAAAUGCAAAGGAAGUAUGAGCAGAUGUUGGAAAAAGACAGGAAUCACCAGGAACAUACACUACAUAUGAUAGAAAAGAUGGAGAGGGACAGAGCACAGUUAGUAGCAGAGCAAGAGAAGACAAUGACUCUUAUCCUUCAGGAGAGAGAACUACAGCUCAGGAAUGAACUUGCUGAAGAGAGAAGAAAGCACGAGAAAGAGAUUCAGGAUAUAGUGGCUGAAAACAGACAAAUAAUCUUGAAAUUGGAAUCUGAACGAGCUGAGUCUGCAGAGAACACAAUAAAAAUGUUGACGGAAUUGAAUGAGUUGAAUCUGAAGACUUUAGGCCAGAAACAAAAAACUCUUGAGGAUCAUUUGAUACAAUUGACUGAGCAGAGAGACAAGGAUACAGCAAGUCUAAUGGCAGAACAAGGGAAGAUCUUCGAUAGUAAGCUUCAGGAACAAGAAGAAAAUUUCAAUAAAAAAAUCCGGGCUCAGAGUCAACAACAUCGGGAAGAAAUUUGGAAAAUCAAGAAAGAGGGUUUUAGUUGUUCCUUGAUGUGAAAAGUCUAACCAGAGCAGCUUGCACCCCUGCUCUCUCCUUUCAGGAAGGAAUUUUUCUGACAUACUUUGGGCCAUCUCAAAUUCAAAACUAAAUACAAUUCAAAAUAAUAAAGAUGUCAAAGCCUAAGAGCAUGUGGUCUUGUAGAAUUAAGUGUAAGAGUAGGGUGCCCUGGGACAUAUCGAUAGAUCCAUAGGAAGUGAUUUCAAACUUUGAUAUUACAGUACUGAGGAUACACAUGCCAUAAUUAUUGAUGUGGCCAAGCUUCUAGCUUGCUCCCAGCUUCGAUUGAAUCUGCAAAUAAAAGAGACACAACCAUUUGUUCCUUUUCAACUUGCCUUUUUAGUCCAAUUGCUGGGAGCUACUGUCUCCCACCUGGAAAACAUGGCCUUAUCAAUACUUUUAGCUCUCAUCUCCCUCCUUUAGUCCAUCAGUUGAAAUUUGUCCUUGCUAAACACCUCUGACCACCCAUCUAUAGGAGUGGCUACGGCCCACCACUCCUCCCAAGACCUUACAUGGUUGCUUGGUUCUCCUCUCCCCAAGGCAUGGCAAACUCCCCUCUCUCCUUCCUUGCAACUUCACUUUCCUCCAGGGACUUGAAAGUUCUGCCUUCACCUUCUGCCUAGCAAUUGGCCCAUGUCUUUCUGUACUAACAGAUCAAAAGCCAAUUGGAGAACAGGACUUCAGCAUCGGAAGUACAAUAAGCUUUGGUGUGAUUCACUGGGGGAAAUACAAACAAUAUGUACAAAAAUAAAACUAUAUUGAGUGUCUACUAA